AUGCGUCUGCCCUACGCCCCCUCCACCCCGCCGGCCGAUGCCUCGGCCGAAACCGUUGACACCUAUGCCCGCAUCGCUGAGCGCAGGAACCCUCGCCCAUUGAUUCCACUUGAUCUGUCUCUGCUUCAUAGCCCACCCGUUGCUGAUGGCUGGAACAGCUUCAUUGGAGCUAUUCGCUCCCGCACCCUUGUCGAUUCUGGUGUCAUGGAGCUCGCUGUUUGCCGGGUCGCUGUGCUUAACAAUGCUAUCUACGAAUGGAAUGCCCACGCCCCGCUAGCUCUCAAGGGUGGUAUUAAGCCCGCUGAAUUGCAAGCUGCUCGCACAUUACCUUCCACCGCCAAGGGGGACACUGCUGAGCUCGAGAAGAGCGCGCUUACUCCACAGCAACGGGCCGUUUUGCGCUAUACCGACCAAAUGACCCAGACCAUUACUGUGGAAGAUGCGGUAUUUGCUGAAUUGAAGACAGUCGGAUAUGAUGACCGUGAGAUUGUGGAACUUACCACUGGUAUCGCUGGGUACAACUGUGUGAGUCGGUUCUUGGUUGCAUUGGACGUGGGAGAAAACAAUGCUCGUCAGAUGAAGAGCGUGGACGAGUUGGUUGCUGCCUUGCAAUAA